CUCACAGCCCGUGGCACAGUGCUUUGUCUUGCAGCAAGAUCUUUGGUUUAGAUGAUUUCAAUGUGUAGUCAGCUGCAACCUCGUGCUUUUACGGAAAUUUGUGUGUGACACUCUACAGACUGUAGAACUGAAGUCAUGGACCAGGAGCCAACUAUGUGGAUAAAGAAAGAGGGAAUGGAUGAAGUACAAACUGAGUUACACUGCAUGACUAUUAAAGAUCCAUUGGGAGUAUCUUGGUCCAGUGAUUUUAUCAAGGAGGAUCCUGAGCUAAAUUUGGAAAUGGAUGUAACUGAGAAUAUUAUGGAAGCCUCAACAAGAUAUGCAUCUGAUAGUGCAAGAUUGACUCAGAGUACUGGUGGGAGCUGUGGCAUAUCAUAUGAAGAAAUUUGUCACCCUGGACUGGUCCAGGAUGAGUUGGUGAUAGACAUGGAGAAGUUUGGUACCAAUACAGAAGAUGUGACUAUUGAUAAGGAAUGCUCAGUUGCCACCCAAUAUGACUGUAGUAAGAGGGAAAAGGAAUUACAUCUAUAUAGCUGUGAUUUCUGCCAACAGAUCUUUCCUUCAAAAUACAGACUCAUAAUGCAUGUGUCUAUGCACACUGAUGGCACGCAACCACCUUUGUAUGUUUGUAAGACUGGAAAGAAACGUCACAAAUGUGAGAUUUGUGGGAAAUCCUUUACUGCGUUAGGUGAUCUCAAGAAGCAUGCUUUUAUCCACACUGGAAAUAAACCUCACAAAUGUGAGAUUUGUGGAAAAUGUUUUACUAGAUCAGAUCACCUCAAGACUCAUGACUUAAUUCACACUGGAAAGAAACCUCACAAAUGUGAGAAUUGUGGGAAAUCGUUUGCCCAGUCAAGUACUCUCAUGACUCACUUUUUAAUUCACACUGGAAAGAAACCUCAUAAGUGUGAGAUUUGUGGAAAAUGUUUUGCUAGAUCAGAUUACCUCAAGACUCAUGUAAUAAUUCACACUGGAAAGAAACCUCACAAAUGUGAGAGUUGUGACAAAUCGUUUGCCCACUCAAGUACUCUCAUGACUCACUUAUUAAUUCACACUGGAAAGAAACCUCACAAAUGUGAGAUUUGUGGGAAAUGUUUUGCUUUGUCAAAGCUUCUCAAGACACACUCAUUAAUUCAUACUGGAAAUAAACCUCACAUAUGUGAGGUUUGUAAGAAAUCUUUUGCUAGGUCAGGCACUCUGAAGAGGCAUGUAUUAAUUCACACUGGAAAGAAACCUCACAAAUGUGGGAAAUGUGGGAAAUCUUUUACUAGGUUAUUCACUCUCAAGAGGCAUAUAUUAAUUCAUACUGGAAAGAUUUGUGGGUAAUCUGUUGCUACGUCAAGCUAUCUCAACAGACCUGCAUUAAUUCACACUGGGAAGAAACCUCAUAAAUAUGUGAUUUAUGGGAAAUCUUUUGCUAGGUCAAGCACUCUCAAGAGGCAUGUAUUAAUUCGCAGUGGAAAGAAACUUCACAAAUGUGAGAUUUGUGGGAAAUCUUUUGCUGAGUCAGGCGAUCUCAACAAACAUGCAUUCAUAAACACAUCUGGAAAAGACCUCACAAAUGUGUUAUUUGUGGCAAAUCAUUUGCUACAUCAGGUGAUCUCAAGACACAUGCAUUAGACCACAGUGGAAGUGGACCUCACAAAUGUGAUAUCUGUGACAGUUGGGUAAUUUCAAGACAUAUGCAUUACUUCACAUCAGAAAGAAAUUACUAGUAAGUGUUAGUUUAUGAAAAUAGAUUUUCCUGAUUUGUGCCCUCAGGGCCUAUAAAAUAAUGAAUGUAGUAUGGGGACAAUAAAUUGUAAUGCCAGUGAAAUAACAUUAAAGUGUGGUGGAAUUAUGAAAAAAGUGAAAUACUGUGUACUAUAUUGAGGUAACAGAUAAUGUGACAAUAUAAACAUCCAUAUAUGCAGCUUGAAAUGUCAAGAAAUUGUAUUGCUAAAUACUCCAGAAACAUGAAUCAAAUGUGUUUUUGUCAUUAACACUGCUGCUUUUUCCUAUCGAUCUUGAGACAAGAAGAUUGUGAAUGGUGAUAAAUCCUUAUCAGUAGUUAUAAUUACCAUGCAACAUUCAAUAUAAGGCCUAGGAAAUGUGAUGACUUGCUGCUUAUUAUUCCAAACAUAGUCAUUAUGUUGUACUUGUAACUCUGCAUUUUAGAAAGUGACAGCAAAAAUAUAUUCAUGGCACUUCCUUCACUGAGGCAAGUAAACUCAACACUGGAGGAACAUGAUUAUGGCAAUUAUUUUACUCAGAUAUUUUUCCUCGAGAUAUUUGCUGUAUAUGUAAUUAGUAGUGUGUACAUUUAUGUUGUGUUACCACAUAGCAACCUGCUGAAUAGCAUGUUUGUCCACCUGUGGAACACAAUACAAUGACAAUUCUACAUUAUAUGGAUUUGAGAUGUCUUCUACAUAUUUCUGGGUGUAUGUUGCACUAGUUGUAUUCAACAUGUUCAGAUCAGGUAAGUGGUGUGGUCGAGACAUCAGUGUUAGUUACCAUGCUGCUUGGACCACUGUGGGGUCGUUCUGCACAUGUGACAUGGACAGUUACCCUGCUGAAAGAUGCCUUCACCAUGGGAGACCACGUCAGGCAUGAAGGAAUCUAUCAGUUGCAACAUAGGUCACAUAGUCUGCAACUGUAAUGAUGCUUUCGAUUACUACCAGAUGUCCCAAAGAAGCCCAAGUGACUAUCCCAUGGGGUAAUUGGCCCUCCAUCUGGUGCCAUUCACCUAGAUGAUAGCAUAUCUGGAUGUGACAACUGACCUAGUGUAACAGGAAAUGUCACCCAUACUGAUAGCUGACAUUUGCAUUGAUCUUCAUUCCAGCAUCAAUGAUCACUUGCCCACUGCAGUUGCAAUUGAAGGUUUUGAUGGAUUGGUAUGGAAACAUACAGUGACCGUAUGUACAUUGAAUUGUGUGUUCAAAAACAUGUAUGGCUGCUGCAGCAUUGUUUUCUGUCAUUAUAUAUGCCACAUGUUCAGCUUUACAGAGUAGGCAAACCUCUGAUCGCCAUGAUUUGCGAUGAAGUAUAGAUGUAUUACAGCUUUUCAUAAGGUUAUGUAUUUAUCACCUUUCAGCCACUUUCCACAGAGGUUCACAGAUGUAGCAUAGAUCCAGCCAACCAGUUUCACCACUUUUGAGGCGCUAGUUCCCAACUGCAAUGCCACUGUAACUUGCCCAUUGCUAAAGUCACUUACAGCAUUCGAUUCGCAUGCUCGCAACCCAUCUAAUAGGUGGGACAAUUUCUUGUUAAUCUCUGGUCUGCUUAUAUACCUGUAAUCUGCUUAUUGCAUCAUGUGCAUACAGCAUGUGGCAUUGAGUCUCCUGAUGGGCAGUGUUCAUGAUAUUUUUGCUCAUAAGUUCAUCUUCAUGUGAACGGGUCAGAUGCGAAAAUGUGUAAUCUAACAAAUUCAUUGUGCUUGGUUGCUUUUACACCAGUCCACAACUGCUAUAUUUUCUGUGAAUUUUUUUGUUUCACAAAGCUUCGUACAUGAUUCAGAGAUAAUGUAGAUAAGUGUUAUCCACCAAACCUAUUAAUUAUUUGUUCUGCAUAUAGACUGUGUAUCUUCUCUAAAAGUGAAAUAGGUAAACAAACAUUAGAUGUUACAAUUCGAUUCCAUA